UUUCCAUAAAGGUGCCACAUGUAAUAAAAUGUCCCAGGUUAUAAAAGGUUAAAAUCUAAAUUAGUUGAGACUAGAAGUGUUGUCAAAAAGAUGAUGAAAAAUACACCAACUACCACCAGUCGGUACAAAGAUGUAAAAAAAAAAAAAAAAAAGAACAUGCAUGCAUAAAGUAAAGAUAACACUCGUCCUGCUGGUGUUGAUGCUUUAUUAGUCUUGCAUAAUCUUUUUCAGUGAGUACUGAUUAACCUUAUCUGAUUAACCUUUGCAGUCAUUAGUGAAGCUAGAGUGGUCCACGUAGAGUGAUACUCUGCAGAAGAUCAAUAUGUCACUGCAAGCAAAUGAAAACAUCCGUAUUUUCCGGGUGGUCUUCAGUCCAGCAGAUGGUGUGUGAAUGAAAACAAAAACUGUGUGAAGUAUAAAAAAGCAAUAUGGCCAGCUUUAAAAUGUGAACUUAUGUAAGACGACUUCUAUUGUUAAAACCAUCCUGUGGCCACAACAGAAAAACUUGAAAUCUUCUUAUUUAGUGAGAUGUAUUUCUUUAUUUGUGUGCUUAAUAUGAUUAAUGUGGAUGUUUUCAUGCAGUAAUAUAGUAAAUGCAAAAUUCAUACAUCCACUCAUUUUCUUAAUCGCACAUAGUGGUGCGGGGGAAGGCCUUAUAUAUGGCCUAAAUGCUGCAAAAUCUGAAAAGCAGCCUACAGGACAUAAAUAGAUGAAUUCCAAUAUAAGUCAAAUAAUGGCUAUGUUAAAUAACAGUAACAUUGUGAGGAAUUUUGGAGUUAUUGCCGACAGGAUAUGUCCUUUAGGCGUCAUUUGUCCCAUCAUACAUUUGUCCCAUUAUCCUGACAGAGACUGGGAGGAAGCUUUCAGGCUCUCUUCUGUUGAACCAGCUUCCAGUUUGGACUUUUUGGACACCCUCUCUACUUUUAAGGUUAGGCUUAAAAUUUUGGUUUUUGAUAAAGAUUAUAGUUAGUGUUGGAUAAGGUGACCCUGAACCAUCUCUUGAUUAUACUGGAAUAGGCCUAUAGGCUGCUGAGGCCUUCCCAUAUCCCAUGGAUUGAGUGUUUCUACUUUAUUUGUCUUUCUUCCCUCUCCAAGUGUUUAUCCAACUCUAUUGAAUUUGAUCAUUAGCGAUGAUUAAACUCUGGCUUUUUCUCCCAUGUGUGUGUUUUGUCCUGUCUCACGCUGCUCUUAUCUCUUUCCAAUCACCCCAACCCCUGAGCCUGGUUCUGCUGGAGGUUUCGUGCUGUUAAAAACGAGUUUUUCCUUUCCACUGUUGCCAAGAGUUUGCUCCUAGGGGGCCAUCUGAUUAUUGGACUUUGUUUCUAAUAUUGUAAGGUCUUUACCUGACAAUGUAAAGCGUCUUGCUGAGAAUGUUGUUGUGAACUGGUACUAUAUAAAUACAUUUGAACUGACAUUAAUGGUAUUUAAAGUCCUACAUAGUUAACGUUUUGAAAUUUUUUAAAACCAUUUUUAGCAUAUGAGUUGUUAACGCGCGUGUGAUGACGUCACUGUCGGGGUCAGGACAGGUUGACCUCAGGUGUGUGUUUUUUCUUUUCUGGGUCAUUUUUGCGGGGUUCUUCCUGCUGAAGGUAAACAAAUGGACGAAGCAGCGAUUUGCGGUAAAAAUAUGAAAAAUGUGUUCGAGCGGCGCGGAUUAAAGCGACGAAAAUGCCCGGACAGAAGAGAAGAUAUAACGUACGCUUCCCUCCUGCGCAUCAAAAAAAUCAUGCAGAAGGACACUGAGGUGGGCCGGAUGGCGAUGGCAGUUCCUGUAAUCAUAUCUCGGGCCUUGGAGAUAUUCCUGAAGUCUCUGCUGACCAAAACCUGUGUGAUUACAGAGUCCAAGCUCAGCACUGUUGUGUCUGUGGCUCACAUGAAGCAAUGCAUAGAGUCUGAAAAGCUCUUCCAUUUUCUCAAAGACUUGGUAGCACAAACCACGCCUACAACCCAGAAGGACAACAGAGGCAUGAGUAUGUGGCCUUUAUACAGGAACAAACAGCAUGAAGUUUCUGUUAAAAAACCACCUGAAGUGGAGGAAAUGGCUCCGCAAGGUAGCCUCGACUCACUUGACAACGACUCGAGUGCCAGUGAGUCGGAGCUCUACAUCUGCUUAUGACUGUGCAACCAGCGGAAGCCGCUGUGAAGUCACAGCAGCGCCUCAUUUCAUUAUGUCACUUCUCCUUACAUUUGUCUUUUGUCUCUGCUGUCCUGGAUCUUGGUCACAAAUAAGUGAGGCUAAGAAAUCACAUUGCUUCAGCUGACAUCGACAUACAAGUUGUUUCGUUAGCUCAAGUCCAGCUUUUGGAUAAAUAAAGGGUUUAUUUUCUUGGGAGGAUAAGGGAUCUUUGGAGCAGAUAUAUUUUAGGAUCACUUGAAUCUUUUGUGGAAGUUUGCACUGAGUUGUCAAUUUUUUUUCCUUCUUGCUGAUUAGGAAAUUGUGUUUAUAGAGCAGUACAUGCUUGUAUAAUAAUGCUAUUUAGAUUACAAUAUUGAGUUUUGAGAUUAUUCUGGAACACUUUUAGACAGUGUGCAGCUUUUUUUUUUUUACUGUAUUUUGAAGAUGUAUAUUUUUUGAUAUGAAUUAGAUGCUUUCACAAUGUAUUACUUUAUUUUUUGCUUGUUUUUGUUUUCUGGUAGGACUCGUGGGAUGUGCAGUAAUCUUUAAAACCAAACUAAGUGCUUAUUUUAAGAAAUAGUGGCCUUUGUGGUGUCUAUUUUUAGAGCACUUGUAAAUUAAAGUUUUAAAGAUAUUUGCAUAUGAAAUGAAAAUAAAUAACGUAUGUAAAUAAAUAAUUGGAAUCUCCAGAUAGUUCAAAUGUAAAGAAGUUGAAUAAAAACAAGUCGCAAGCAUAUAGGGAUUGGUUUAUUCCAAUAAACUAACCUUUUUACACUGUGAUGGCAUGAAAUGAGGAAUAAAUAGAUGCACUCUGUUCUGAAAGGUUAUUUUUACUGGAAUUUUUUUUUUUAAACAUUUUGAAACCAAAUACAGCAAAAACAUCUCUCUUUAGUUGCUACGCAGUGACCUGCACGAGGAGGUGAAACGGUUUCCAUGUCCCAGCACCGAUGAAGUUCGCUAACGUUCCUCCUGCUGAUCCACGCUGACAGACGCUACACUCGUAAUGAGCAUCAAAUCUAGUCUCAAUGGAACAAGCUGAAGUACAGUCCUGCUCGGCUGCAGGUGACCAGACGUCAUUCUUCCACAUGGGGGACAGUUUGGAAUGAAAACAUGCAUCUUGGCUUAAAGCAUCUUCACUACAAUGACACUCAAAAUGAGCAAUACAAGUAAAAAAUAAACAUUCAUUUUUUAAA